AUGUGUAGUUGAUGUUGCUUCGCUUGCUGCUUGCUUGCUUUCUUUACUUUGCUUGUUGUACUCGCGUCGUCGGUCAAUUGGAUUGUUUAUCUGAAAGAACAGUUACCGGAUAAUAAACAAAUUCGACAAACUACCUCAAGUGCUCACAAAUAAAACGCAAGAAACCCAUAGCUGUGCCACAAAUACGAGGAUGUUUAGAAAUAUGUGAAAGUGACAGUCGCGAAUCGACUUAGUUUUUUGUGAGAAUAUAAUGUUAUUUCACAUAUUUUCAAGUACCGCCAGUUAGUAUUGUGGUGUGAACAUUAGAAAUGCUGCAAUUGGGGUUUCUUUCGUGUAUAGAGGACACGUGAUCGCGGGACACUAUGUUCGAUGCAGGAUAGACAGUCGUGGUGCCCAGAGUUAUCAUCGUAUUCGGCUAUAAUGCAACACGACUGUUUGCCGGACGGUGCCAGGAGCAGGUUCGAGAGGCGAAAGCCAACUAAAGUGCUGAAAAUAGCGGAGAGUUUCACAAAUUUGGACGAAACUGCGAAAGCAGGACGAUACGUUCGCGGUCCACAUUCCAACAUCGGGAGAAGAUAUAAGGAGGAGAAUGGCGGCAGGACUAAGCGUGAGAUGUGUUGUGAUGAGGAGUGUGAUAAGGAGUCCAGUGUUAGUGAGGAGUGUGAAAGACUUGGUGACAGAAGGGUUACGGGUUCCUCUUGUACAGCGCUCAGGACGGCGGUGGCGGCGCUGUAUCCCUUUGACGACUUUAUCCUGGAGAAGAUAGGCACUGGAUUCUUCUCCGAAGUUUUCAAAGUGACACACAAGACUUCGGGCAAUGUGAUGGUCCUGAAAAUGAACCAGCAAAGGGCGAACCGGCCUAACAUGCUCCGUGAAGUGCAGCUCAUGAACAAGCUCAAACAUCCCAAUAUUUUGGGGUUCAUGGGCGUGUGCGUGCACGAGGGCCAGUUGCAUGCACUCACGGAGUACAUGGAAGGUGGUUCCCUGGAGCAGAUUAUACUGGGCUGCCCGCCGGACCCCCUGCCUCAGUCACUACGGAUCUCGCUGGCGUCCGAUGUCGCCGCCGGCAUGAAGUACCUGCACUCGCUUGGAGUCUUCCAUAGAGACCUUACUGCUAAGAAUGUAUUAUUAAGAAAACAUAGUGAAGAUAACUACACGGCCAUCGUGGCGGACUUCGGUUUGGCAGCGAAAAUACCUCAUCCCGUCAACGGAUACCGUCUACCAAGCGUGGGGUCGCCGUGGUGGAUGUCGCCGGAAUGUCUCCGGGGUCGAUGGUACGACCACCACUCAGAUAUAUUCUCGUAUGGGAUCAUACUGUGCCAACUCAUCGCCAGGGUGGACGCCGACCCGGACGUGCUGCCUCGCACGGACAACUUCGGCCUCAACUACAUGGCGUUCGUGGAACUGUGCGACGAGACCACCGUGCCUGACUUCCUUCGGCUGGCGUUCAACUGCUGCAUUUACGAGCCUAAGGCGCGGCCACUAUUCCCGGAAAUAGUGAGCAAGCUAGCCGAGGUGAAGGAGGGCCUCGACGAUGCCGCCUGGGGAUGCCACACCCCCAACAACUCUUAUGAAAGCGAGAGUCGCGAGGCGGAGUCGUCGGGCCCGCGCUCGUGCCCCGGACUGUCCGCGUGGCGGCCGCGGGCCCGCGCGCCCGCCGACCGGGACCCACUGCAGCACCGGCGCUCGCUGUCGGAGCUGGAGUGGGUGUCGGCGGGCGGGGGCGGCGCGGCGGGCGGGGCGGGCGCGGGGGGCGCGCACCGGUCGGCGUGGGCGCUGGGCGCGGGGCCCGAGCCGCCGGCGCGGCUGGCGCGGCUGCACCGCCUCGCGCACGUCAUGCUGCUGCGGGACGCGCACGCCGCGCCGCACGCCGCGCGCCGCCCGCUGCACUCGUUCCGCGGCGUCAAGAAGAUCCUCGAGCCGCACCCGCACUCGCGCGCGCAGCCCUUCUCCUCCUGCCUGGAGCUGCCGUCGCCGCUGCUGCGGCCGCGCGAGCCCGAGCUGGGGCUGUCCGACGACGAGCCGCGCUGCGCCUCGCUGCCGUCGUCGCCCGGCCUGAGCCGGCGCGGCAGCCUGGAGCGCGCCGAGCCGCCGCCGCCGCCGCCGCCGCCCGGCCUGCGCCGCGGCGCCUCCAGCCAGGAGCUGCGCCGCCGCGGCUCCUGCGAGAGCGGCAUCUUCUCGGUCGCCAACGAGGACUUCUGCCCGCAGCACCCGGGCGCCGAGUGCUUCUACGGCGCGAUGUGCCCGUGCUCGCUGAUGGGCUGCCAGCGCUGCCGCUGGUGGCGCGACGCCGCCUCGGACCGCUCGCUGGACGACGAGUUCGACGAGCCGGCGCGCUCGCCGGACGGCUCGGAGCCGGAGCCGGAGCGCGGGCGCGUGCGCGUGUGCGCGGACUGCGUGGCGCUGUACGAGCGCGGCGUGCACGGGCAGCCGCGCCGGCGGCCCGCCGUGCUGGACGACUCGGCGCUGUCCACCACCACGGUGAGCUCGCUGCGCAGCCUCGACGACCUGGAGGAGCCGCGCGAGGACGCGUCGCCGUUCCUGUGCGGCAAGCUGCAGGCGGAGGGCGAGGCGGCGCGCGAGUACCACGUGCUGACGCGCUGCUGCUGCGGGCCGCCGGACGCGCUGGACGCGGACGCGCUGGCGCGCCGGCUGCGGCCGCCCAGCGUCUACACGGACAGCUCGGAGGACGUCGCCUCGCUCGCCGGCUCCGACAGCCUCUACUGCGACGACCGCGUGCCGCGCCACGUGCGCUCCGCGCAGAUCUCCAAGAUCGUCGAGUACUUCGAGCGCAAGGGCGCCGACUUCACGUGCGAGCGCACCGCCAAUGGACACUCGCGGUUCAAGAUGAGCGCGCUCGGCAGCAAGGUGGAGAUGCUGCAGUUCAAGGGCAAGGAGGGCGAGCGGAGCGAGAAGGAGUACCUGGUGGACGUGAAGCACCGCGGCGCGGGCGGCCGCCUCGAGCUGCUGCCGGACGACGCCUGCCGCAAGUGUCCGGCGCAGCAGAGACUCAUGAUAUGCGAGGGCGCGGUCAAGUCCAAGCUUCCGCUGUUCGAUAAGAAGUCAUAGCGAUGUGCCAAGUUUUAACGAUUGCGGCGUUCCCUGUCGAUCGUCCGCUGUCCUUGACCUAAACAGUUUGUGUCAAAAUUCGAGUGAUCGGUGACUUCCAUAGUGUUAUAUAAUUAUAUGUGUACAGAUACGGAGCAAUAACUUGAUAUUGUAAAUAGACUGAAAGCCCCACUCUGCAGUGUACGGUCAUAUAGAGGCUCGGUCAGUUUCGAUUUCAUGUACACUACAUGGUGAGGUUUUAAAGACAAAUCAAACGAAGCGUUAUAUCUAAGUACUAUAAAAUCAUCAACUUAUGUAUACCUAGACGGUUGGCAAUCCUGUCAACUAUUUUUAAAUUAUUUAUGAUCAAUUAAAACUCGCUACUAAACCAGUAGUAGUCUCGAAUCGAGUACACGACAAUACACAAAAGUGUGAUCAAUAUUAUUAUUAUAAUUAUGUUCAUGAUACAUGACUGAGUAACAGUAAGCAAUUGUCGGAUAGAAUUUACUGAAAUGAUGCGUUCCUUGUCUUUAAAAUAGAUUUCUAUUCGUAUUAUGAAAAUAUAUGUCAUAUAGUCAUUGUUAAAAGUAACCUACAUUUUGUAUAUAACAUUAAAUCAAAAGUAGUGUCCGGCUCGAAGGACCAACAUACAUAACGAGAACAGUUAUGCUCUAUUAUAUAUCUACUAAUAAAAUACCCAGUGACAUAAAAUCGAAUAAUUUUCUGCAAAGAAUGUGGUCCAAAAUAUAAAAGAUAUACUACAUCGAUCAUUAUAUAUACAUAUAUAAAAAAAU